GAUCCCAGGACAACUGUGCAGAGGGCCCCUGAGCAUGUGCAGACAUGAUGACAUCAGUUCCACCUAGAAAGACUUGGUGGAAAUCGAAGAAGACAGUAAAAGUGAGAAGAUCUUAUUCAACCUUCCCUUCCUUGAAUGCCUGGGAAAAAUUCAGGGGCCUCUUGCCUGUGGAUGGGGAAACGAACCCUGGAGUGGGCCUGGGUGUGGAAGAAGGACUACUCUGCCAGAUGGUUCAUUCUCCAGAAUUCAAUCUGUUUCCUAACUCUGUGGUGUUUGAAAGCAACUUUGUCCAGGUCAGAAGGAGCAGAGACUGGAAAGAAAUCUAUAAGGCUUCCAACACCAUGGCCCUUGGGGUGACCUCCUCCGUACCUUGCCUUCCCCUUCCGAACAUCCUCCUUAUGGCCAGAGUCAUAUGGCAUCAGGGGCAGAGCCAGACAUGGAACAGACCGUCCACAGUGCCAAGCAUCAACCUGAAGAGCAUUCUCCCUUUGAAGUUUGUGGAGCUCCAGAUCUGGGACCACCAUGAACGCAUCCUACGGUUGAGGACCGUCACCGAGAAAAUCUACUUCCUAAAGCUCCACCCUGACCAUCCUGAGACUGUCUUCCGCUUUUGGAUCCGCCUGGUUCAAAUUCUGCAUAAGGGUCUGUCCAUCACCACCAAGGACCCUACCAUCCUCGUCACUCACUGCCUGGUACCCAAGAGCCUUUGCAGCCCAGGUGGGAAGUCUGAGUUAGUGCAGAAGAAUUCUAAAGGCCUCCAGCCCAGCGAGAGCCUCACACAUCUGAUGGCCCAGGGGGAGAGCGAGGCCCUCUCCCAGAUCUUUUCCGACUUGCAUCAGCAGAAACAGUACAGUUCCAGCAGGAGUGAAAAGGUGCAAAUCAACAAGACCAGCUCAGAGAAAGCUACUCCCUGUGAAGACAGUAUCCCCUGUACCUGCGAUCUCAAUUGGAGGGAUGCGUUCAUGUUCGGAGAGUGGGAAAGAGAGAACCCCUCUGGGCCACAGCCCCUCUCGCUCCUCAGUACCCUGGCUGCCUCCAGCAGGCCACGGCUGUCCCUAAUUGGAGGAAAUUCUAUAUGACGCUUCCUUUCCCCUUGGGGAGAGUUUCUGUGGCCUGCACCAGCACUUCUCUUCAGCAUUCAGUUUCAGGGUGCUGUAUCUGGACAAAGGGGAGGAGGAAGUUGCCAGUAGGAACAAACCAGAGUUAUCUCAGCAGCACUGACAAGAGCGCCUACUCAUCCUGUCAGCGUCUCCGUGUGUUCUCACUACCACCUCAGAAUACAGCAACUUGUACCCUGUGGUCUAGGGCGAUCACGUAGAUUGGGAUGCACUGUCCGAAAGUCUGGAACCUGGAGAAGAGCGAUGCGAGGGAAAGCAACUCCGGAGAAGCAGGGACACGGAAGCUGGUGGGAGGGAGUUGGAGAAGAGAGGCAGAAAGAAAAGAAGUAACACAAGGAAACAGAAGAGACCUGGGAGAAAAGCUGAAGAGAACUAGACCGGAAGCACAUCUCUGAGAGAUGCCCCGCCAAGCGUCUAUUUAUCUAAUUUAAAAAGUAAAGCCAUAAACCAAGGA